UCUGACACUACACUUUAACACUCAGCUUGGUAAAAAAAUAAAGAGACAGAAGCUAAAACAAAACCUCCCAAUUCAGUUUUGAACUUCCGAAGAAACCUAAGUACAAUGGAGAAGAAGGGAGUUGAGGAUGUUCAUCCACAGCAAGUUGGCCAACCAAGUUUCUGCAUAUUCAUUUCAAAACAUACUCUUCAAUCUAAGAAAUUGAUGGUUCCGGCCAAGUUUGUGGAUAAGCAUGGGGAUGUAUUUUCUAAGGAAGCAACGUUGAUUCUUCCAAAUGAUAAUAUUUGGAAGGUCGGAGCAACGAAAUUAGAGCAUGAAAUAUGGUUGGAGAGGAAGUGGGAUGAGUUUGUUGAACAUUUUUCGCUUCUUGAAUGGCACUUUUUAACAUUCAUAUUGAAAUGUAAGUCCACUUUUGAAGUCCGUAUUUUCGAUAGGACUGCUUGUGAGAUUCUAUAUCCCACUCCAAUCACUGCAAAUGCAAAUGGAAAUGGAAGUUCAUCUCAAACAUCAACCAAAUGCAACAAGGGUUAUUACAUGGGGUUUAGAGUAGCAGAUAAAGAAAGGAAAAGAAUGAUCCACUCCUCAAAAAACUUCAACACCAAGUUUCCUCACUUCUCAGUUUUGCUGCGAAAAUAUCAUUUGCAGUACCACAUUGUGACUGUUCCAUUGCGUUUUGCGAAACAGUACAUGGGGGUAGUAGCGGAGGAAGUGAAGGUGAUUGUUGAGGGCGGAAGAGAGUGGAGUGUGAAAGUAAACAGGAAACAACAAGGAAAUUUGAAUUUAGGGAGGGGGUGGCUCAAAUUCCAUAGCGAAAACAAUUUGAAGGCAGGAGACAGUUGCAUUUUUGAACUUGUCGACAAAAAUAUCUUCAAAGUUACUAUGCAUCGCGCUUGAAUUAUUCCUCGUACUUAUGUAUUAGUUUAAAUACACAUGAAUUAUC